UGCUGGAUUCCUGGUGGACAAAGCACGACUAUGCUCAUCUGGCGUAACUAAGUACGCCGAAUCAAAAUCCCAAUUCAAUCCAGUUUGCUCUCUCAAAUCAAUCCAAAAACCCCUUAAAUUCUUCGAUUCACAAACCCUAGAAUUGUCCCUGCGUUCAUGGAGAUGAUUCAGUACAAGACCAUUUUUCCCAUCUUUCUUAUAUCGCUUUCUCUCAUCGUGCCUUUGACCCAAGCCACCGAUGUUAAGUAUUGCAAUGGGAAAACCGAUUAUGAUGUUAAGGUGAAAGCAGUGGAGAUAUCACCGAAUCCGGUUGAGAGAGGGAAGCCUGCUACCUUCAGCAUCUUUGCUACCGCAGGUGAAGCAAUCUCUGGAGGCAAAUUGGUGAUUGAAGUUGCAUACUUUGGAUGGCACAUCCAUAGUGAGACUCAUGAUCUUUGUGAAGAGACAACAUGCCCUGUGUCUGAUGGCGAGUUCGUAGUGUCACACUCACAAGUUUUACCUGGAUAUACUCCUCCAGGUUCAUACUCUCUUAAGAUGAAGAUGUAUGAUGGUAAAAACCAUGAGCUAACUUGCAUUGGAUUUGACUUUAGUAUUGGGUUCGCAUCACCCAUUACAGAUAGUUAAGCGCAGUCUAUUUGCCAAUAAGCAUCACCAAUUCACCAUAUAGCAUGUUCAAAGAAAGCUUUAUGUUAUGUACCUUGCUGCUACUUUACCUUUACUUACACAGCUCGAUGUGUAAUUAGGAUUAUAUGUACCAUGACUACAAGCUCAAUAUAAAUACAAAAAAAUCUACCUUCGAUCUUGAGCUUUUCCAGGGAAUUUCAAGGGGAGUUUUAGCACA